AAACAAAACGAAACCACUGCUUAUAGGCUAAUAUUCAUUAGCGAUUGGCUUGUUUUGUUUCGCACAUCUGGCAACCCACCAGCUAAAGCUAAGGGUUGUUUUUAACGUUCGUGAAAGAAGGACUGGCGUAGAAUAUUUUUUUUUUUUGAUGUGAGAGAAAAUGUCGAUUUACAGAGUUUAUAAACAUUAACCAGCUCGAGAACUGAAAUCCGAACGUAAUGAAACGCAGUAUGUGACCCGGUUUAUGGAUUAUUACAGUGUAAUAUGUUAGUAAUAUGUUUUUCACAGGCUCUUAGUAAGCGUGUACUUCUGUAUCAUUGUGAAGGGUUAGCAAUAUUCCCAUCAUCCUGUCAGAAGAGGAACUCUAGCUCUGUAACACACUAUAGUAAAGACUGAGUUAAUUAAAGAGGAGAUUGAUGACAUGAGUGAUCCAGAAACAUCCAGAAUGUUUUAUGAAGAUACUGAGGAACAAACAGAACAGAUGGAGGUGAAAGAGCAAAAACAAGAACUAAAUAAAGAAGAGGAGCAUCGUAACUUCAAAACUCAAAGAAGAAAAUUAAAAAAGCAGCACACCUGCUCACAGUGCGGAAAGUGUUUCAGACUUAAAUCAGAUCUCAGUAAUCAUAUGUGGCACCACUCUGGAGAAAAGCUAUUUAACUGUGAUACGUGUGGUAAAAAAUAUGCCUCGAUAUCAAACCUAAAAGUUCACUUGAAACUUCAUUCAGAUGAGAAACCUUAUGUGUGUUCUGUCUGUGGAAAGGCUUUCUCUCAGCUUAACUGUUGUAAUCGGCAUCAGAAAACACACGAUGAAGUGAGAGAUCACAUGUGUUGUGAGUGUGGGAAGAGCUUUACUACAGUUGGACAGCUGAAGCAGCAUCAGAGAAUACACACUGGAGAAAAACCUUACAAGUGCUCAUAUUGUGACAAGAGCUUCUCUCAACCUGGAAAUCUGAAAUCACACGAGCGAGUUCAUACCGGAGAGAAGCCGUACCAAUGCACUCAGUGUGGAGAGAGUUUCAAAUAUUCAACAGUUCUCAAUGAACAUCUUCAUAUUCACUCUGGAGAAAAGGCAUUUAACUGUGAUCAGUGUGGUAAAGAGUUUUAUUCACCAUCACAACUGAAAAGACACCAGAGAAUCCAUACGAACGGGAAGCCUUAUGUGUGUUCUUAUUGUGGGAAGAGUUUUUCAGUGUUGCUCAGUUUAAAUGAUCACCAGAAAUUACACACCGGUGAGAAAGAUCAUGUGUGUAGUGAGUGUGGAAAGAGAUUUACUACAUCUAGCCAACUAAAAUGCCACCAAAGAGUUCACACUGGAGAAAAACCGUACAAGUGUUCAUACUGUGAGAAGAGUUUCUCUCAGUUGCCACAUCAGAAAACACAUGAACGGAUUCACACCGGAGAGAAGCUGUACAUUUGUACUCAGUGUGGAGACAGUUUUAAACAUUCAAACUCUUUAGUGCUUCAUAUGAAAAAGCAUUUUCCAUCGAGUCCCAUCCAUUCCUCCAGUUAGUUCGUUUUCAGGUGCUUUAAAGACAUGACAAAUAUUCAUACAUGUAGAUUGGCAUCAAUAAUUGCAGUGUUUCUACAUUUGUUUAAAACUGAGAUGGUGCAAAACAACAUGAAGAAAAACAAAACAUUGUAACUGACAAAGAAAAGGUUGCACUGAAGAAUAAAAAUGUAUAAUAUUGCUUCUGCAACAUAUAAGCCUUUUACCUAUAUAAGCAUUAUUCUGUGGCACUGAGAGCAAAUGUUUUCUUCAAUAAACUUGAGUUGUUCAGAUGGCACUGAGAGCAAAUGUUUUCUUCAAUAAACUUGAGUUGUUAAACAUCUGAACAGCUGAAACUAAGAGCACUUCAUGUGUUCCCUUGAAUCACUUGUAUUCCUCAAUUGUAAGUCACUUUGGAUAUAAGCAUCUGCUAGUGAAUAAAUGUAAAUGUAAAAUGCCACAAGAAUUGUGAAAGAUUUUUCUGUUAUGUUGGGGGACUGCAAAUGUUUUGAAUUACUUGAAUCU